AUGGAAUCGUUAAACUUCUACAUGACAGAUCUGGUUAAGUUCGAUUUCAAAGAUCUAGAACUCAUCGCAAAAAACUGUAGCGAAUCGUUACUAUCAGUGAAAAUCAACGAAUGCGACCUCACAGACCUUUCCGAUUUCUUCAACCACGCAGUGAAAUUACAAGAAUUCGGUGGUGGCGCUUUCAGCGAUCAACCUGAAAACUAUGUUGGACUGAAAUUCCCUCCUCUUUUAACUUCCAUGGCGUUGAAUUACAUGAACUUUCACAAGUUAACAUCAGUAGAUUUGAUGGAAGAUGCGGAAAAUAUUGUUUUAGGUGCCUUUGCAGAGUGGGAAACAAUACUUUGCACUACAACUACACUGGAUCUAGUGUGGGCCCAAGUUCUCUCUGAACCUUUGUUGCGAAGGAUUAUUCUCAGAGAUUUAUAUCAUGUCGAUCUGUUCUUACAUGUUUCCGGCAUCGAGAAGAAAAUGACCAUUACGUCCCUGUGUACUUACCAGAACUUCCCGAUUCCGUCUCUCCCAACUCUAGAAUCGUCCAAUCCGCUGUUAUGA